UGCUGCACGCCGAGGCUCAUUUUGACGCGAUGGUUUCAGGAGCGAAUUGCGGCCGCUCCUGAAUGGAAGUUUCCGCUACACGCCAUUUACUUUGACGGCUUUCGUGCCCUGCGUCUUGAGUAAGCAAUGCGUAUGAUUAGAGCAGCCGAAUGACCUAGAGGUGAAGAGGUUUUGCGUCUGAAGCCUCCCCAUCUCCCUCCGGACGGACUCGACCAGCCGUGAGUGAGUGAGUGAGUGAGUGAGGUCGCUGGGUGAAGAUGGCGCAAGCCCUGUCGGAAGAGGAGUUCCACCGUAUGCAGGCUCAGCUUCUAGAGCUGCGAACACAGAACUACCAGCUCUCGGAUGACCUGCGAAAGAACACUGCAGAGCUCAACAGUGUCCGGCAGAAGACCUUGACCUUGGAAAAGGAUUGCAUCAAAGCUCAGAAGGCACUCAGUAAGAGCAAGAAGGCCCAGGAGGUGGACGCAUUACUGAGUGAGAAUGAGAUGCUCCAGGGCAAGCUGCACUGUCAGGAGGACGACUUCAGACUACAGAACAGUACCCUCAUGCAAGAACUGUCCAAGUUAUGUUCUCAGAUCGAGCAGCUGGAGCGGGAGAACCAGGGCCUGAAGGAGGGGCGGGGCCUCCAAGCUUCCACACCCAACCCCGUCUCCACCCCUACUGAUGGAGAGUUUCUGCGUAUGCAGGCUGAGAACGCUGCCCUACAGAAAAAAUUGGCAGCUCUUCAGGAGCACUAUGAUGGUGAGUUGAACCGUUUGCGGGGAAUAGACGUUAAUGACAGUAAGGAAGCAGUGAUUGACAAGCAGGCUGACACCAACGGCAUCCACCAAUUGCAUGCCGACACCAGCGGCCUCGGGGAAAAUCCAGCAGGCGCUGCAGCCCAUGACCCCCUGGAGCAGGCGGAGAUGAAGAGCAGCCCUCUGGAGCUGAGCACCUGCCAGCGGAACGAGGUGGAGUUGAAGCUUCAGACGGAGAUGGAAGAGAAGGUUUUGCUGAGGGAACAGCUGCAGGCCCAGGAGGCAUCCAAGCAGACUGAAAUUGCAAAACUCCAGGAAGAGAUUACAAAGCUCUCCGACAAACUGAAGAAAAAGCAGGAGAGCUUCCUGCGGCUCCAGGGUGAGAAGGAGGCUCUCUACAAUGACAGCAGGACCAAAAUAGAGGAACUUCAGCAGCGCAAAGAAGAGGAGCUGAAGUCCAUAAACCUGCGUGUCCAGAAACUCCAGACUGACUUAAUGACCGCUAACCAGAAUGUUGCUGAGCUGAAGGAUCAGCUGCAGAGCAAGCAGAGAGAGCACGAGUUGGCUCUCCAUGCACUCAAAGAGCAGGUAGCGUGUCAGAGUGCAGUCAGUCAGGAGCAGGUGGAAGGCGUGCUGAGUGAGAACGAUGCACUCAGGACUAACCUUGCCGCCCUAGAACAGAUCCAGUCAGUAAAGAUUCAGGAGUUGAACCUGCUGAGAGAGCAGAACAUGGCUUUGAAUGUGGAGCUACAGCAAAAGCGCACUGAACAGGAGAGUUUCCUGGCGCAGAGAGAUGACCUCAUCUCCCAACUUCAGGAGUCUAACCGAGCCAACACUAGACUGUUGGAGCAGGUAUCUGAACUGGGUCUGGAGAAAGACAAACUGCAGCAGGAACUAGAGGAAGCCAAAAAAAGUGCAGACAAGCGCAAGGCCAUGCUGGACGAGCUGGCCAUCGAGAUGGCGCAGGAGAAGUCUCGACACAAAGAGGAGCUGGGGGACCUGCGCCUCCAGCACGAGAAGGAGGUGCUGAGUGUGCGGGCGCGUUACGAGAAGGAGCUGCGUGGCCUCCACGAGGAGAAGGGCCGCACCGAGGAGGAGCUCCACGCCCAGCUACGAGACGAGAAGGCACGUACAAAAGAGCUGGAGAGUUUGCAGCACAGUGUGGAAGAGCUGCAGGCGCAGGUGCAAUCCAUGGAGGGAGCCAAGGGCUGGUUCGAACGCAGGCUCAAAGAGGCUGAGGACACAAUGGAAAAAAACACUUUGGAACAUGCAGAAGAGAUUCAGAGACUAUGCAGGGAGCAUGUACUCCAGCUUGAGGAGAAGGCAAGUGAGAUUCAGGCCAUGAAGCAGCAGAUCACUGACAUGGAAAAGAAAAAGGAGGAUCUGAACAGUACCAUUACUAAACUCACACAGGAGAUUCGAGACACAGUGGAUGAACAAAGAAUUCUGGAAAAGAAAGGCAGUUCAGCUCUGAAAGAUCUAAAGCGCCAGCUCCACCUGGAGAGGAAAAGAGCCGACAAACUGCAGGAGCGGCUGCAGGAGAUCCUGACCAAUGCCAAGACCAAGACGGGUCUAGAGGAGCUGGUGUUGUCAGAGAUCAGCUCUCCAAACAGGACUCAGCAGACCGGAGACAGCAGUAGUGUCUCCUCCUUUAGCUACAGGGAGAUGAUGAAGGAGGGAGCCUCGGCGCAGACCACUAAUAAAUCCAACACCAGCAGUCCUCAGUCUCAGAGACCAGCAGACCUUUCGGAUGACGAGGUCAGUGAACUCUUCCAGAGGUUGGCUGAGGUGCAGCAGGAAAAGUGGCUGCUGGAAGAGAAGGUGAAACACUUGGAGGUGAGCUGCUCCUCGAUGGCCGAUGACAUCUGCAAGAAGAGUGCCAUAAUUGAGACUUACGUCAUGGACAGCAGGAGAGAUGGAGGAGGUUCUGCUAGUCACCAGGGAGAGAGGGGAGGACUAAGUUCAGUACUCAGGGAUUUGGUAAAGCCUGGAGAUGAGAACCUGCGUGAGAUGAACAAGAAACUACAGAACAUGCUGGAGGAACAACUCACCAAGAACAUGCACUUGCAGAAGGAUCUGGAGUUAUUAUCUCAGGAGAUCGUGCGUUUGAGCAAAGAUUCUUCUCCCACCCCCAAGGUGUCGGGUUAAGACUGCCAACCCCGCCUGGCUCCUACGUCUGGCUCCUACGUCAGACUCUUCUUUCGCUAGCUCACCUUUCCACGGCCACAGAGGGAAUGCCGCACCUGCUCAACACCCAGGCUGGAUGACGGGCACAAGCCAACCGCACACACCCACACACACUUGCAGGAGAAGAGGAGGUAGAGCAAAGGAGUGUCCAAUCACAGCUCCUCUAUUACUGAACAUACUUACACUAUAAUACUUUGUCUGUCCUCAUCGCUGAUGCUACCGAGAGCCUUGCUAGCUUGCUGGCCGUCCUGUGCUGCUACCCGUCCUUGAGCUGUUUUGGUGGGAGAAGUGGUAGAGUCCACCCACUGCCUGGUCCAGCGGGCUUUUCCCAACCGCCCACCGAGCCCAUGGCCCGAGAAGAAACUGAGCCGCUACUGAGUCGCUUACUGUUACCACUGUUGUGCUCGUCUGUCCUGUAUAUCCUCAUCACAACGGCAGUUUUCUGUUCUUUUUUAUGUCCAUAUAUAUCUAUAUAUGUUUAUUUUAACUUUUAUAGGUUUUAUGUGUUUUUUUGUUGAAUUGUGCAAAUCUAACCGUGGAAAAAAGAAAGUAAUUUAUUGGUUCCUGUUGUACACUUUGACGGUAUGAGGACAGGUAGAGUCUGAAUGUAAGCUUGUAUGACUUUAGUGUUGUGAAAUGGUUCUGCACCACCACGUUCGACCUGUUGGAGGAGCUUAUUUAGGCCACAGGACAUUGGCUCCCUUCGUUAUGUCAACAAAUUGAACUGAUUGAAAUUAGAGGUUUUUGGCGCCAUGCAGGCGCCCAUAAUUGUGUCUGGUAAUUGGGCGAGCUGUUCACACGUCCACUCGGAGCACUGCUAGGAAGCAAAGUGGCCCCUGCACGCCCUGCUUCUCUCUCUCUCUCUCUCUCUCUCUCUCUUUCUCACCCUCUCCCUGUCUCCAUGCUGUCUCCACCAUGGCCCGACACCCCCCCCUCCUCGGCCCCACACUUGCCUUGUUGGGGGCGCUCCGGCUCUCUCACCUUCCACCUCUCUGAGGCCUGAACUUCGUGACAUCUGUUCUCCUUGAAAAACAGUCCGAUUCCUGAAAGGUAAGGGGAGGUGGAGAUGAUAUUUCACACACACCCCUUUAAUAGAGAGCAGCUGGAAGUUAGAACUCUAGAGUUUUUGGGACACUACAGUUUGAGCUGAGCUCAACCAUAUGCUCUUUUCAGAUAACGCAGACCAAAAAACCUGACAGAACCUGCGUAUCGAACUGUCCACAGUCCUGUGUGUGUAUAAGGUUGCACUGACAUUUUUUUUUUUUUCAUUCACCCCCCACCCCUGCGCUGUGUAUGACUAGUUUUUAACGAGUGAAGUUAUGACCAAAAGCCUAUGGGCUGCAGGAGCCUCCAGAGAAAGAUUCAGUGAGCUGCUGAAAUAUUUAGAUUAUGUGAGUGAAAUGGGUCGGGGAGGUGAGUGCUGGAGACCUGUUUGAUGACUAAACUAUAGGCCUGUACUCUGGGACAUAUUUAUUCAUCUGGUUAAUACAGUUGGCUUGGUGAUGUUAGUAAGAUGUGGGCUAUCACUAAUCUCUUUGUUUUUGUUGAGUGCUUUUUAAAAAAAAAUGCUUUCAUGCCUGAUUUUAAACAUUUGCUCUCAGUCUUAUGAUUUGGUACUAUUUAUGCAUAUCGUUUGCAUGUUAUAUAGUACAUAUUGUAAAUUCCUUGCUUGAACACUACUUAAAAAGGAAAUUCUGUUGAAGCAAUGUUCAUCUGAUAUAGAGUAGAGACAUUAUUUAUACUGUAUAGUGGUACAUGGUCAAAUGAACUGCUCUUUUUCCUGUGGUGAAGACCAUCACCAUGUACAGAUCAAAAGUAACUUCCAUAUGUGCAAGAAAUUCUCACAUCAUCUCCCUUUCCUUUGCUUUUUACUUUAAAGAAUGUUGCUGAACAUCUGCCAAAAUCAGCCAGCCUGAGCAGGGAGCAUCGUGAUCGAUUAGUAGCCUACAGCACACUUGCUCUGAACCUGCCCUUGGACUCCCUCUUUAUUUCUCAAUCUGUGUUUGUCCAAUGUCAUGUUCAGUGAACAGACUUCCUUGACUUCCUUGCAGCAUUAAUAAAGAAUGGCUGGAAACUCGUGUGGUGGCUACAUUUAACUCCUCGGACGCGUUUCCUUCACGCCGAGUUUUCCGAGUGCGGUAAGUCUGCCUCGACUCUCCCGUGUCGGAGUGUGUUUGUGAUUAGCCCGAGCUGACUUCCGCCAUGUGGAAUCACGCUGUACACUUAUAACACUCACGUUCUUCAGCACACCUCUGACGGAUCCACCGGGUGGUUCUCAUUGCAGUGGCAUGGCACAAAUGCAGUGCUGUUUCAGGUAUUCACAGCAUAUAACUCCUAUUGACCUACACACACACCUUGCAUUCUAUUGCCCUAGCCUGUGUGUUUUCUUUUGAAUGGACAUCACUUAGUGGAGCAUUAGCAAAUGCUGCACAACCAUAUAAACAAAUUGCAUGAAUCAUUGAACAGACAUUUAAUUUGGCCAUUUUCUGAGCCCUGCUGUCGUCGCUGAAUUUGUCACUCUUGAGUGUAGGGGGUUCUCAGGGAACCCAAAGGAAGCACUGUGUAAUACUAAUGGCUCUUACGUCUCCUCCUGCUGGGCGGGCCAUUUAGCUUAAGUUGUCUGGCUAAGUGGGAUCCUGCAUCGUCAGUUGCCCCCAUUGGCCCAAGUGCCAAUAUGCUGGGUGACAGGAAAGGCCUGCACAGGAACGCGCCCGCGGAAUCCUCCUCCACGGCAUCCUGCCACAGCUUUCUUAACGUAUUAGUUUUUCUUCAUCCUUCAUCAGCCAAUGGUUUGUGUAGGCAAGUCACAACCUUUCUCCUAAAAUGCUUCGUGCUGAGUCCUUAUAAACCAGUGUGUCUCAAGGUUAUGGUUUUCUUUCUCCAUAUUUUUGUGACCUAUGAGUACAUAGCAAAGCACACCAGGAAGAUGAGGCAGUGAUGUAUCUUGAGCUGGGGGCUACACCACCAUCCAAAUGAAGUGUACUCCACAGAAGACUCCUCCAAAAAAAACUGAAUCCUGACACAGAGGCUGGAGGGUAAAACUUGACACUUUCUGGGUUACAGUAUAUUUCCUUUUCUGUUAAACUUUUCCCCCCUCUCGGCUACUUUGGUGAUUGGACACAUGCCUGUUUAAGAGAAGGAAUCUAGACAAACGUCUUAUUUGACAAGCUCAGAAACCUGGUAAAUAAACCUCCUUAAACAGGUUUGAAUUUGCAGUGCUCAGGAAACUGUUGGUUCAGUCAGGGACAUUGAAAAUUAAUUAUUGAUACUGAAGUACAGUUUAUUGAUUUAAAAGAUUUUUUUUUUGUCAUCCUUUCAGUAAACAUAACAUGCAGCUCUUCACCUCCAGCAUUCUAGUAUAAACUGGAAAUCCAGCUGCGCUAAGCUGGAUCUCUUUAUGUUCUUGUUAAGAGCCAGUGGUGUAGGCAGGAUUGUGCUGGAUAGGUACCCGCACUGACAUGGGGGGGGGGGGGCAACAAUGCUGUGUUUUGCUUUGGUCAGAUAAGGCUACAUUUUACAAUCUAGACUCAGUCAUCUAAUGUAGGACGCUAUGAAAUUACAUCCACUCUAUUUAUACUGUUUCUAUCUGCUGUGCCGUUUUGUGGUUUUUGUUUUUUUGGGGGUUUUUUUUGGGGGGGUUUUUUUGUGUUUUUGUUUUAACCUAGUUCACAACCUGUAUAUUUUAUCCUCUGAACUGUAAAGAAGCCUCUUCCAUCUUUUGAAUGGAACUCCUUAAGGAUUGAUCUUUGUUAAUUCUUUCAUAUCACUGCUAGCGUCUUAUAAACCAUUUGUAGAAAUAAAUUGUCAAUUAUUAUAAAAUAUAUUAUGCUGCCAAGCAUGGAUACCAGUAAAAUUAGAUGCACUAACAUGCGUAUGGCUAGCAUUUGUUCUUUUACCGCUAUUGAUUUGUCAACAGCUAAUGAAUAAUUGCUUUUCCAAUUUUGUUUUGGCACAGUGUAAGGUGAUAAUACCUUUGUCACUGUACUGCACCACACUGCAUCAGAAAUUCACUAGUGACCAGGACGUUGAUGCAACUUUUUUCUUAUUUAUUUUUUAGAGCCAAUAUUGUGGAAUGUUCUUUUUUCUUAGUUACCAUACCUGAACCCCAGUGAGCACUUCACAUACCUUCCAGACAUGGUACUAGAACUGGACAGAAUCACACAAUACCAGAACUGGUACUAUAUCUGGACAGAAUCAGAAAAUUCCUUUCAGUAGGUAAAGCAGGUAGAGCGAGAUCCAGGCAGCACUGGCGUUGGAUUUGGCGCCCCAUGCCAUGCUGAAGUGUGCUGUAUAAUGGUGAAUGGUAAUUAUGUCUGCCAAAAUGGUAACGUGUCUGCCAAAUGCUGUAAACAACUGAGACUGGCUGCACUGCGGGUCUGGUGCAGUAGUCCCAGGAUAGCUCCCCAUCAUCUGGUAAACGAAGGAUCUGCAGGCACAGACUGCUACCAAGUAUUAAACAUAACAAUUUAAUUAAUGUUUGUGUUAAUUUUGUCCACUCAUUCACCGUUCCUGGAAACUAUUCCAAUAUAGUUCACCAGAACUGACAUUCUGCACUUUAAACUCAUUGUUUAAAGUCAUUGUUUAGUUUCAAAACCAGUGUUUUGGAACAUUGAGACAAAGAGCAGAAAUGGUGUCAGUGUGCCAUGAAUACUUAAUACUUACACUGACAUGCCCUGAUUGUGAAUUCGUGUGAACUGUUUAAUAAUAUAGACCGAGUUUGUUAUUCAUGGGUGAUUAAAAUUGAAUUUGAUUAA